AUGACUUCUCGCACAGAAGCCAUGAGUGAAGAAAUGCAGCCCAAUGCCAACGGGCAGGUCAAUGACCAACCGCGCCCGCCGAAGAAGCGCAGCAAGUAUCGUCAUAUAGCUGCGUAUCACUCCAAGUCGCAGGCCUCCAGCCUCAGUCGCGAAGCAGAUGUGCUGCCCAACUUCUUAGGCUUCCGAAACCUGAUGGUGCUGUAUGGCGUUUUGAUCUGUAUAAAAUGUCACGACUACCGUAGACAGGACCUGGUCCUGGGCUCCAUAUUGUUUGCCUCGGUGCCAUGCCAUCUACUUGUUGCAUACAUCAUCGAGCUGUCGGCGGCCACGGCAGCCAAGCGGACCGUGGGCCGGCAGAAGAAGACCGAGGAAGAAAAGGAGCGUGAUCAGAAGGUCUUCCAGUCUACAUGGCCGCUGACCGCGUUUCUGCACACGCUAAACGCAACCCUCUGCCUUGCCGUGACCAGUUUUGUGGUCUGGUUCUACAUCCACCACCCGGGCAUUGGCACAAUCUGCCAGCUCCACGCCAUCAUUGUCUGGCUGAAGAAUUGCUCUUACGCCUUCACAAACCGAGACCUGCGUCUCGCCAUGCUCAACCCAGCUGCGGACCCGGGCUUGCCAGAAAUCUACUCCUCCUGCCCAUAUCCGAGGAACAUCACCAUCAAAAAUCUGGGUUACUUCUGGCUGGCCCCAACCCUCGUGUAUCAGCCUGUGUACCCGCGCACGCCAUCCAUCCGCUGGUCAUUUGUUGCGAAGCGUCUUGCCGAAUUCGUGGGUCUGGCGAUGUUCAUCUGGCUCCUGUCUGCGCAGUACGCAGCACCGGUUCUCCGCAAUUCCAUUGAGAAGAUUGCCGUGAUGGACAUCGCCUCGAUCCUCGAGCGAGUCAUGAAGCUGUCCACCAUCUCGCUGAUCAUCUGGCUGGCCGGAUUCUUCGCGCUAUUCCAGGCACUGUUGAAUGCCCUGGCCGAGGUCAUGCAAUUUGGAGACCGCGAGUUCUACCUGGACUGGUGGAACAGCUCGAGUUUGGGUGCGUAUUGGCGUACCUGGAAUCGCCCCGUGUAUCUGUUCAUGAAGCGCCACGUGUUCUCGCCGCUGGUUGGUCGUGGCUGGAGCCCUCUGGCUGCGAGCGGUAUGGUGUUCACGCUGUCUGCUAUUCUGCACGAGAUGUUGGUGGGAAUUCCCACCCAUAACUUUAUUGGUGUUGCCUUCUUUGGCAUGAUGUUCCAACUUCCCUUGAUCGCACUCACCACACCGUUGGAAAAGAUGCGUGGACCGUCCGGUAAGGUAAUUGGCAAUUGCAUCUUCUGGGUCAGCUUCUGUCUGGUCGGACAGCCACUUGGGGCACUUCUGUACUUCUUUGCCUGGCAGGCGAAGUAUGGCAGUCAACUACGGGUAAGCUAUUCGCAAUUCCACCCGCAACUCCAGCUCACCCUUCCCAGCGCCGUCAUUGGCGUGGCGCUCGGCGCCAUUCCCGUCCUUGGAUUCGUCCACGGCAUCGUCACUAGCAGCCUGCGUAAGCAGGCUAAGGUGCCCUACCCCAACAGCUAUGCUUCCAUGGAGCUCGCCAAGGAGAAUGCCAAGGCGGAACAGUUCAACUGCGCCCAGCGCGCCCACUCCAACUUCCUCGAGAACUCCUCCCAGACCAUGCUGUUCACUUUGGUCGCUGGUCUGAAGUACCCCGAGUACGCGGCGGGUCUCGGUGCCUUGUGGGUGUUCUUCCGUGUGCUGUUCCUGUAUGGCUAUGUCUACUCUGGAAAGGCGCAGGGCAAGGGCCGUAUGAUUGGUAGUUUCUUCUUGCUGGUGCAAGGUGCUCUCUGGGGCCUCAGUGUGUUUGGCGUUGGCGGCAGUCUGCUUUCUACUUAA